CACACAGGGAAGUUGGGCUGAGGAGAAUUCUACCCCUCUGCCACUGAAGAAAAUACUUCCCAUCUUCUGUCUCCCAAUUCUGCAGAAGUUUCUCUCUGUUACUCAGAAGAUUAUGUUUCUUAUGAAGCCUUCAGUGUGCAUCUUUCUUUUCACCUGUGUCUUCCAACUCAGCCACCCCUGGUCAGUGAACAAUUUCCUGAUGACUGGUCCCAAGGCCUACCUGAUCUACUCCAGCAGUGUGGCAGCUGGUGCCCAGAGUGGAAUAGAAGAAUGCAAGUAUCAGUUUGCCUGGGACCGCUGGAAUUGCCCUGAGCGGGCUCUGCAGCUCUCCAGCCAUGGAGGACUUCGCAGUGCUAACAGGGAGACUGCAUUUGUACAUGCCAUCAGCUCUGCUGGCGUCAUGUACACACUGACCAGGAACUGCAGCCUCGGGGACUUUGACAACUGCGGCUGUGAUGAUUCCCGGAAUGGGCAACUGGGAGGCCAAGGAUGGCUGUGGGGAGGCUGCAGUGACAACGUGGGCUUCGGAGAGGCGAUUUCCAAGCAGUUCGUGGACGCCCUGGAGACCGGGCAGGAUGCACGCGCAGCCAUGAACCUGCACAACAAUGAGGCAGGUCGCAAGGCCGUCCGGGGCACCAUGAAGCGCACAUGCAAGUGCCACGGCGUGUCUGGCAGCUGCACCACGCAGACCUGCUGGCUGCAGCUGCCCGAGUUCCGCGAGGUGGGCGCGCACCUGAAGGAGAAGUACCACGCGGCACUCAAAGUGGACUUGUUGCAGGGCGCGGGCAACAGCGCAGCGGGCCGCGGCGCCAUCGCUGACACCUUCCGCGCCAUCUCCACCCGCGAGCUGGUACACCUGGAGGAUUCCCCCGACUACUGCCUGGAGAACAAGACUCUGGGCCUGCUGGGCACAGAGGGCCGCGAAUGCCUGCGGCGCGGACGCGCGCUGGGCCGCUGGGAGCGCCGCAGCUGCCGCCGCCUAUGCGGGGACUGCGGGCUGGCGGUGGAGGAGCGCCGCGCCGAGACCGUGACGAGCUGCAACUGCAAGUUCCACUGGUGCUGUGCCGUCCGCUGCGAGCAGUGCCGCCGCCGGGUCACCAAGUUCUUCUGCAGCCGCACGGAACCGCCGCGGGGCAGCGCUGCACCAAGGGUGGGACUGAAGCCCUGAAGGGCCUCUUCUGCCUCCUUUCCGGUUUGUUCUGGUCCUCUGUUAGAGAUUCCAGGACUCCUG